AUUGGGGUUAUAAAUAUGAGUGCACAAAGCACAGGUAUCAUUUCACCUAAUGCUUCUGUGCAACUCGAACGUAAAUCGGUAGUGAUGAAGAAUAAAGAGUUUAAGAGUUUAAUUUUAUGCGUUGUGUUGACAAUAGUACUUACAAAAACAGUGCACGCAAAAACGGAAGAUCAACAGGCUUUACAAAAACUAAGCCAUCAAUUCGAUAGUGAUACUCAGUUGAAUAAAGCUCACACAAGUGAAAAAAUUAGCCACUACCCUUUACACAAAAACGAUGAUACGGCUUCAAAGCAGGAAAUUGGCGCACCAUACCACUAUCAAAAAAAUAUAACCGAUCUAACAAAAAACAAAUCGCUGCCGCUCAAAGUAGAAGGUACUAGAAAUGUUACUUCGGGUAUAAUAACACUAUCAGAUGGUGCAAGAUAUCAAGAUUCAACAACUUUUGCCAUCGAGUCAACUACCGAUAAACCUGGGGAUGAUACCACCGUAGAAGAUUCAACACCAAUUCCAAAGGAAUCUACUACUAUCGCCCAGGACACAACGAAUGGUCCUGAAGAAAAUACUACAAUUGUGGAACCCACGACCACCGUAAAAGAUACAACAUCGAUUCCGGAGGAAUCUACUACAAUCGCAGAGGACACAACUAAUGAUCCUAAAGGAAGCACUACGGUUGAGAAUGACACGACCACCGUAGAAGAUUCAACACCUAUUCCUGAGGAAUCUACUACUAUCGCCCAGGAUACAACGAAUGAUCCUGAAGAAAGAACUACGAUUGAGGAAGACACGACCACCGUAGAAGAUUCAACACCUAUUCCUGAGGAAUCUACUACUAUCGCCCAGGACACAACGAAUGAUCCUGAAGAAAGCACUACGAUUGAGGAAGACACGACUACCGUAGAAGAUUCAACACCUAUUCCUGAGGAAUCGACUACAAUCGCCCAGGACACAACUAAUCCUGAAGAAAGCACUACGAUUGAGGAAGACACGACCACCGUAGAAGAUUCAACACCUAUUCCUGAGGAAUCUACUACUAUCGCCCAGGACACAACGAAUGAUCCUGAAGAAAGCACUACGAUUGAGGAAGACACGACUACCGUAGAAGAUUCAACACCUAUUCCUGCGGAAUCUACUACAAUCGCCCAGGACACAACGAAUGAUCCUGAAGAAAGCACUACGAUUGAGGAAGACACGACUACCGUAGAAGAUUCAACACCUAUUCCUGAGGAAUCGACUACAAUCGCCCAGGACACAACGAAUGAUCCUGAAGAAAGCACUACGAUUGAGGAAGACACGACCACCGUAGAAGAUUCAACACCUAUUCCUGAGGAAUCUACUACUAUCGCCCAGGACACAACGAAUGAUCCUGAAGAAAGCACUACGACUGAGGAAGACACAACCACCGUAGAAGAUUCUACACCUAUUCCUGAGGAAUCGACUACAAUCGCCCAGGACACAACAAAUGAUCCUGAAGAAAGCACUACGAUUGAGGAAGACACGACUACCGUAGAAGAUUCAACACCUAUUCCUGAGGAAUCGACUACAAUCGCCCAGGACACAACUAAUCCUGAAGAAAGCACUACGAUUGAGGAAGACACGACCACCGUAGAAGAUUCUACACAUAUUCCUGAGGAAUCUACUACUAUCACCCAGGACACAACUAGAGAUCCUGAAGAAAGCACUACGAUUGAGGAAGACACGACUACCGUAGAAGAUUCAACACCUAUUCCUGAGGAAUCGACUACAAUCGCCCAGGACACAACGAAUGAUCCUGAAGAAAGCACUACGAUUGAGGAAGACACGACCACCGUAGAAGAUUCAACACCUAUUCCUGAGGAAUCGACUACAAUCGCCCAGGACACAACGAAUGAUUCUGAAGAAAGCACUACGAUUGAGGAAGACACGACUACCGUAGAAGAUUCUACACCUAUUCCUGAAGAAUCGACUACUAUCGCCCAGGAAACAACGAAUGAUCCUGAAGAAAGCACUACGAUUGAGGAAGACACGACCACCGUAGAAGAUUCAACACCUAUUCCUGAGGAAUCUACUACUAUCGCCCAGGACACAACGAAUGAUUCUGAAGAAAGCACUACGAUUGAGGAAGACACGACUACCGUAGAAGAUUCAACACCUAUUCCUGAGGAAUCGACUACAAUCGCCCAGGACACAACUAAUCCUGAAGAAAGCACUACGAUUGAGGAAGACACGACCACCGUAGAAGAUUCUACACCUAUUCCUGAGGAAUCGACUACAAUCGCCCAGGACACAACGAAUGAUCCUGAAGAAAGCACUACGAUUGAGGAAGACACGACUACCGUAGAAGAUUCAACACCUAUUCCUGAGGAAUCUACUACUAUCGCCCAGGACACAACGAAUGAUCCUGAAGAAAGCACUACGAUUGAGGAAGACACGACCACCGUAGAAGAUUCAACACCUAUUCCUGAGGAAUCUACUACUAUCGCCCAGGACACAUCGAAUGAUCCUGAAGAAAGCACUACGAUUGAGGAAGACACGACCACCGUAGAAGAUUCAACACCUAUUCCUGAGGAAUCUACUACUAUCGCCCAGGACACAACGAAUGAUCCUGAAGAAAGCACUACGAUUGAGGAAGACACGACUACCGUAGAAGAUUCAACACCUAUUCCUGCGGAAUCGACUACAAUCGCCCAGGACACAACGAAUGAUCCUGAAGAAAGCACUACGAUUGAGGAAGACACGACUACCGUAGAAGAUUCAACACCUAUUCCUGAGGAAUCGACUACAAUCGCCCAGGACACAACGAAUGAUCCUGAAGAAAGCACUACGAUUGAGGAAGACACGACCACCGUAGAAGAUUCAACACCUAUUCCUGAGGAAUCUACUACUAUCGCCCAGGACACAACGAAUGAUCCUGAAGAAAGCACUACGACUGAGGAAGACACAACCACCGUAGAAGAUUCUACACCUAUUCCUGAGGAAUCGACUACAAUCGCCCAGGACACAACUAAUCCUGAAGAAAGCACUACGAUUGAGGAAGACACGACCACCGUAGAAGAUUCUACACAUAUUCCUGAGGAAUCUACUACUAUCACCCAGGACACAACUAGAGAUCCUGAAGAAAGCACUACGAUUGAGGAAGACACGACUACCGUAGAAGAUUCAACACCUAUUCCUGAGGAAUCGACUACAAUCGCCCAGGACACAACGAAUGAUCCUGAAGAGAGCACUACGAUUGAGGAAGACACGACCACCGUAGAAGAUUCAACACCUAUUCCUGAGGAAUCGACUACAAUCGCCCAGGACACAACGAAUGAUUCUGAAGAAAGCACUACGAUUGAGGAAGACACGACUACCGUAGAAGAUUCUACACCUAUUCCUGAAGAAUCGACUACUAUCGCCCAGGAAACAACGAAUGAUCCUGAAGAAAGCACUACGAUUGAGGAAGACACGACCACCGUAGAAGAUUCAACACCUAUUCCUGAGGAAUCGACUACAAUCGCCCAGGACACAACGAAUGAUUCUGAAGAAAGCACUACGAUUGAGGAAGACACGACUACCGUAGAAGAUUCUACACCUAUUCCUGAAGAAUCGACUACUAUCGCCCAGGAAACAACGAAUGAUCCUGAAGAAAGCACUACGAUUGAGGAAGACACGACCACCGUAGAAGAUUCAACACCUAUUCCUGAGGAAUCUACUACUAUCGCCCAGGACACAACGAAUGAUUCUGAAGAAAGCACUACGAUUGAGGAAGACACGACUACCGUAGAAGAUUCAACACCUAUUCCUGAGGAAUCGACUACAAUCGCCCAGGACACAACUAAUCCUGAAGAAAGCACUACGAUUGAGGAAGACACGACCACCGUAGAAGAUUCUACACCUAUUCCUGAGGAAUCGACUACAAUCGCCCAGGACACAACGAAUGAUCCUGAAGAAAGCACUACGAUUGAGGAAGACACGACUACCGUAGAAGAUUCAACACCUAUUCCUGAGGAAUCUACUACUAUCGCCCAGGACACAACGAAUGAUCCUGAAGAAAGCACUACGAUUGAGGAAGACACGACCACCGUAGAAGAUUCAACACCUAUUCCUGAGGAAUCUACUACUAUCGCCCAGGACACAUCGAAUGAUCCUGAAGAAAGCACUACGAUUGAGGAAGACACGACCACCGUAGAAGAUUCAACACCUAUUCCUGAGGAAUCUACUACUAUCGCCCAGGACACAACGAAUGAUCCUGAAGAAAGCACUACGAUUGAGGAAGACACGACUACCGUAGAAGAUUCAACACCUAUUCCUGCGGAAUCGACUACAAUCGCCCAGGACACAACGAAUGAUCCUGAAGAAAGCACUACGAUUGAGGAAGACACGACUACCGUAGAAGAUUCAACACCUAUUCCUGAGGAAUCGACUACAAUCGCCCAGGACACAACGAAUGAUCCUGAAGAAAGCACUACGAUUGAGGAAGACACGACCACCGUAGAAGAUUCAACACCUAUUCCUGAGGAAUCUACUACUAUCGCCCAGGACACAACGAAUGAUCCUGAAGAAAGCACUACGACUGAGGAAGACACAACCACCGUAGAAGAUUCUACACCUAUUCCUGAGGAAUCGACUACAAUCGCCCAGGACACAACUAAUCCUGAAGAAAGCACUACGAUUGAGGAAGACACGACCACCGUAGAAGAUUCUACACAUAUUCCUGAGGAAUCUACUACUAUCACCCAGGACACAACUAGAGAUCCUGAAGAAAGCACUACGAUUGAGGAAGACACGACUACCGUAGAAGAUUCAACACCUAUUCCUGAGGAAUCGACUACAAUCGCCCAGGACACAACGAAUGAUCCUGAAGAAAGCACUACGAUUGAGGAAGACACGACCACCGUAGAAGAUUCAACACCUAUUCCUGAGGAAUCGACUACAAUCGCCCAGGACACAACGAAUGAUUCUGAAGAAAGCACUACGAUUGAGGAAGACACGACUACCGUAGAAGAUUCUACACCUAUUCCUGAAGAAUCGACUACUAUCGCCCAGGAAACAACGAAUGAUCCUGAAGAAAGCACUACGAUUGAGGAAGGCACGACCACCGUAGAAGAUUCAACACCUAUUCCUGAGGAAUCUACUACUAUCGCCCAGGACACAACGAAUGAUUCUGAAGAAAGCACUACGAUUGAGGAAGACACGACUACCGUAGAAGAUUCAACACCUAUUCCUGAGGAAUCGACUACAAUCGCCCAGGACACAACUAAUCCUGAAGAAAGCACUACGAUUGAGGAAGACACGACCACCGUAGAAGAUUCUACACCUAUUCCUGAGGAAUCGACUACAAUCGCCCAGGACACAACGAAUGAUCCUGAAGAAAGCACUACGAUUGAGGAAGACACGACUACCGUAGAAGAUUCAACACCUAUUCCUGAGGAAUCUACUACUAUCGCCCAGGACACAACGAAUGAUCCUGAAGAAAGCACUACGAUUGAGGAAGACACGACUACCGUAGAAGAUUCAACACCUAUUCCUGCGGAAUCGACUACAAUCGCCCAGGACACAACGAAUGAUACUGAAGAAAGCACUACGAUUGAGGAAGACACGACUACCGUAGAAGAUUCAACACCUAUUCCUGAGGAAUCGACUACAAUCGCCCAGGACACAACGAAUGAUCCUGAAGAAAGCACUACGAUUGAGGAAGACACGACCACCGUAGAAGAUUCAACACCUAUUCCUGAGGAAUCUACUACUAUCGCCCAGGACACAACGAAUGAUCCUGAAGAAAGCACUAUGACUGAGGAAGACACAACCACCGUAGAAGAUUCUACACCGAUUCCUGAGGAAUCUACUACUAUCGCCCAGGACACAACGAAUGAUCCUGAAGAAAGCACUACGAUUGAGGAAGACACGACUACCGUAGAAGAUUCAACACCUAUUCCUGAGGAAUCGACUACAAUCGCCCAGGACACAACUAAUCCUGAAGAAAGCACUACGAUUGAGGAAGACACGACCACCGUAGAAGAUUCUACACGUAUUCCUGAAGAAUCGACUACUAUCGCCCAGGAAACAACGAAUGAUCCUGAAGAAAGCACUACGAUUGAGGAAGACACGACCACCGUAGAAGAUUCAACACCGAUUCCUGAGGAAUCUACUACUAUCGCACAGGACACAACUAAUGAUCCUGAAGAAAGUACUACGAUUGAGGAAGACACGACCACCGUAGAAGAUUCUACACCUAUUCCUGAAGAAUCGACUACUAUCGCCCAGGAAACAACGAAUGAUCCUGAAGAAAGCACUACGACUGAGGAAGACACAACCACCGUAGAAGAUUCUACACCGAUUCCUGAGGAAUCUACUACUAUCGCCCAAGACACAACGAAUGAUCCUGAAGAAAGCACUACGAUUGAGGAAGACACGACCACCGUAGAAGAUUCUACACCUUUUCCUGAGGAAUCGACUACUAUCGCCCAGGAAACAACGAAUGAUCCUGAAGAAAGCACUACGACUGAGAAAGACACAACCACCGUAGAAGACUCUACACCGAUUCCUGAGGAAUCGACUACUAUCGCCCAGGACACAACGAAUGAUCCUGAAGAAAGCACUACGAUUAAAGAAGACACGACUCUUGCAACCGAGACGACUUCCGAUAAACCGGAGGAUGAUACUACCGGGGAAGAUUCAACACCAAUUCCUGAAACAUCUACUACUAUCGCCCAGGAUACAACGAAGGAUGUCCCAAGUGUUCCAGUCGAAACAACUACUCCUGGAUCUAUGGAGAGCACCACCAUAGAGUAUUCCACGCCAUCUCCGGAAGAUACUAGCACAGGUAGUGAGCAUACUACAAAUAGCCCCACGGAAAGCACGACAGUAGACGGUACCACUAUAGGGAGUUCAACACCGUAUCCAGAUGAAAGUAGCACAGUUGUGACUACGACGAAUAUUCCCAAGGAAAGCACUACUUUGUCACCUGGUGAAAACAGUACUGCAGGACAAGAAUCCACUACAGCGGAAAACAAACCUGGAGAGAGUACAACCAUACCUGACACAAGUUCCACACCAGUAUACGAUACUACAAGUAGUCCGAUUCCAUCUUCUUCAAGUUCCACAACUUUAGAAACCUCAUCAACUUCUCUCCCUGAAACCACAACUUCCAAUGUGCCACCACUGUCUUGCAGUAGCGGAUAUCAAUAUUUACCCCACCCAACUAAUUGUCAUAAAUAUGUUCAGUGUAGCAACGGAUAUGAACUAAUUAUGGAGUGUCCAGCUAAUCUCUAUUGGGACUAUACGAAAUUCGCUUGCAGUGGAGACCCAAGUGUUUGCUACAACGACAGUGAAAAUUCAAAUCCAGAGGAGAAGGUCUGCGGCCCUGGAGUGGAUUUCCUUGCUCAUCCAACGGACUGUACCAUGUAUUUGCAGUGCAGUAAUGGCCAGGCAUUAGAGCGGAAGUGUCCAGAUCCUCUGUACUGGAACCCGGAGAUAAAGUCGUGUGAUUGGUCAAAUAAAUACUGCACAGAUCUUCGGGCGGCGCAAUCGAUUUCUUGCGCAGUGGGCAUGAAUUUUGAAGUUUUUCAAAGCGAUUGCUCUAAAUACGUCAAGUGCUUUGGCUUGAGAGGUGUCGUCAUGAGCUGUAAUUCAGGACUUUACUGGAAUCCCAUUAGUCAAGUUUGCGAAAAGUCCAAGCGGUUCUGCACAUAAAAAAGCAGUGCAAGGGCAUUCUUCAGUGGAUCUUCCAAACACAAUAUUUAUGUAAUCAAUAACAUGAAAAGGAGGCAAAAAUAAUAGCAAUUAUAACCAAUUUAUUUAUUCUAUUGAAAUUACCAAUCGAUUUUAUAAUCUUAGCAAAAUUAUUAAUAAAAAGAAUGCCCAAUAAAGAAGCUCAAUGUUAAA